AAUUCUGAAUUCUCAGCCUCAGCACAGCACCAUCACCCAAAUCUCUCUCACAGGAUACAUACAAACAAACAUGUCUACUCCUCCGUCUUCCAAUCUGAAAACCUCACAUACAGUUCAAGUUUUCUCUGCCAUAAAACCAUCACCGCAUACUCCAUCGCCGUCUUCUUCAGCCUUAAGCUCCAUGAAGCUCAAGAGCCUCAUCCACACCCUCAUAGUCUCCCACAUGUGCCGUAUCAUUCGUGCACUCUCUAAACUCAAAGCUGCAAUCUUGCAAAACCUCAAAGGAAACCAGUCAAACAACAUUCACUACCUCCACCACAGAAAGCAAAAGAUGACCAAGAAGAUCAUCUCCGGCUCCUUCAGGCUUCACUACAACUGGUGCUCCUCCAAAUCCUCUCAGGUUAUCACAGUCCCCUCGAGGGUCUUUCAGGGUUUGUCAAAUCCUCCUGAUUCCGACCACUUGUACGAGGAUUGCCACGGCAGCGCCCAGCUCUCGGGCUACUUGCGCUGGCUGGAAGAAAAGAUUUCUGACGAUGAUAACAAUGACGGCAAGAGUUAUUGUGAGACUAACGAAAUCGAUAUGAUGGCGGAAUUGUUCAUUGCGGAUUGUCAUGAAAAGUUUAGGUUGGAGAAGCAAGAGUCUGAUAGAAUGUUCCAUGAAAUGUUGGCUAGAGGCAUGUGAAAUUUGGUGGAACAUGUUACUAUUUAAAAGUUCAGACAAUAGAGGGGAAGGGCUUUGUUGAAUUUUAUGGUGUAUUUUCCUUUCUUUAAUUAACUUUUCAUAAGAUGGAAAAAGGGUAGUGAAAAAUGGAAGAUGGGGAUUCAUGCUUAUAUAUAUAUGUUGAUAGUCAUGGAAGUUUUAUUUUGCCUUUGGCUUGUUAAUCAGAAUGAAACUGCAUCUUCAAAUUCUCA